AUGUCGGAUCCGUGUAUCCGCAGCUUUCUGGGGUCAGGCUGUGGGGAUGGGAUGAUGCAGAGGGUUCCCCCAGGUCUCACAGCAGCCUCUGUGCCCCGAGCAGAUCCCGGGAUUGCUGGAGCUGAAGUGCUGUCCCAGUGUGGUGUUUGCUGGGGUGGACAAUCCCGAGGAUGUCACGGGUCACACGUACCAGGAGCUGUUCCACGCCGGGGGCUUCCUGGUGUCCGACCACCACGUCUUGGAAUCCGUGUCUCUGGCCCGGCUGAAGGAGGUGGUGAAGGUGCUGGAGAAGCUCAACAGGAGCGGGAGGUGGAAGUGGCUCCUUCACUACAGGGAGAGCAAGAAGCUCCGGGGAGACCUCAGCAGGGUGGCCCCGGAUGCCCACGGGAAGCAGCUGCUGCUGAAGUGGUGCCAGGAGGAGGGUCUGGUGGAGGUGCUGCCCUUCCACGGCUGCGACUCCCCCGGCGCCCCCGAGAAGCAACUCCUGAGGUGCCUCCUGGGGCUGCAGGUGCAGCACGUGCAGGCCAGGCUGGGAGUGUUCCUGACCCAAAACCCUGGAGCGAGGCGGGAGGUCCUGGAGAGCAAAGGGAUCCUGGUGGCCGACGUGAGCUCCUUCCUGGGGACCCUGCGGGACGUGGCUGCUCCGUUCCGGAGGAGCUACUGGUGACAAAGCCCAGCCAGGACGUGGCUCCUCCCCAUGGUGACACCAGUUGGGGCAUCCCAAUCCUUCCGGGACACCCCAUCCCGGCGGAUGCUCUGGGUGGCACUGGAAGAGCCAUUCGAGUUCUGCCCAGAAAACCUGACUGGGAGGUGGCCAAUCCAACCCCCCCCCCGGGGAUUUAUUCCCAGUUCCCGGGGUUUUAUUCCCUGUUCCGGGGUUUUUAUUCCCUAUUGCACCCCAGGACAGAGGUCAUUGUAACAUGGCAGGUUAAUUAAUUAUUGGAGCGUUUCCCGGCGUUUUUAGUGCCGCUGACAUUGGAAGAAACAGGAAGAUUUAAUCUCCAGAAAGCCGUUUUUUACUUGAAGGAAGGUCGGGAAGGACAAUUAACCCCCCUCCCCACGGGGUAGUUCCUGUGCCCUGCCCUCCUACACUACAUUUCAACUCACCCCCUGUUGCCUCACGGUACCAUUUUUCCCUGCUGGGACUCCAUUCUGGUGCAUUCCAGCGCCUGGAAUUCCUGUAAAUAGCCGGGAUAUAGGAACAAAUAAAAGCUCUUAUUUAUGGGGGCCGGGAUGGAGACGCAGGGCCGGGAUUUGUCCUCUUCUAUUUUGGGGUAUUUUUUUAAAUGAAAGAAUUGCAGUUGUCCUUCUGUUGGGGAUGGAUUUGUAAAGAGUUUGAAUAAUAAAACCUCGAAAC